AUGUCGGGCAUCUAUGGAUUCAUCGAUGGAGUGAUGAACAAGAUUGCAUAUGUUGAUGAGUACGUCAACCGAUCAACCUUUGGUCGCGUCUUUCGCCUGGAUGGAUCUGGUCAUCCCCAAACCGUUCGUGGUUCGUCUUUCUUUCGAGAGAUCCGCGCUGGCUUGACUACCUUCGCAACUAUGGCAUACAUUGUUGCCGUCAACGCUGCUGUUCUUGCAGACUCCGGAGGCAUGUGUCAGUGCCCAGAGGGAUCUGAACCUGGUUGCCCUGGCGACUUUGAGUACGCCAAUUGCCAGACAGUUCUGAAGCGAGAUCUGAUUACCGCUACGGCGGCCCUCUCUGGCCUCUCCAGCAUUGUGUUCGGAUUCCUUACGAACCUUCCUGUCUCUCUCGGACCAGGUAUGGGCCUUAACGCCUAUUUCACCUACCAAGUCGUCGGUUGGCACGGCACCGGAAUGGUCCCUUACAAGGUCGCUCUUCUUGCCAUCUUUGUGGAAGGAUGGAUCUUUGUCUUCCUAGCUCUGACCGGAAUGCGACAGUGGUUGGUUCGAAUGAUCCCGGCUACCAUCAAGACGGCCUGUGGCGUCGGCAUUGGCUUGUUCCUUACCGAGAUCGGAUUGUCUUAUUCUGCAGGUAUCGGUGCCAUCACUGGCGGAUUCUCUACUCCUCUCACAAUUGGAGGAUGUCCUGCCGAGUACCUUAACGACAAGGGAGAGUGCUCUAGCCACAUCAUGACGAACCCUGGAAUGUGGAUUGGAAUCUUCAUCGGCGGUAUCUUCGUUGCGUUCCUGAUGGCCUUUAAGGUCAAGAGCGCCAUUGUCAUCGGUAUUGGAAUCGUGUCAAUCAUGUCUUGGCCCCGCAACACCUCUUUCACUUACUUCCCUUACACGGAGGCUGGUGAGGAAAGAUUCCAGUUUUUCAAACAGGUUAUCGCAUUCCAUCCGAUCAAGACUGUCUUGAACGCCCAGGACUGGGGUCUCGAGGGCGCUGCCGGAGCCCAAUUCGCCUUGGCCCUCGUUACCUUCCUCUAUGUCGACAUUAUUGAUUGUACUGCGACCCUGUACUCGAUGGCCAAGUUCUGCGGUGUUGUGGGAGAGGAUGGCGAUUUUCCCCGCUCGACCCUUGCGUAUUGCACUGAUGCAGUCAUGAUUUCAAUUGGUUCCCUCUUUGGUUGUUCGCCCGUUACCGCCUUCAUCGAGAGCGGCGCAGGAAUUGCAGAAGGUGGUCGUACCGGAUUGACUGCAAUUUCAGCUGGUGUUUGCUUCCUUGUCUGUCUGUUCUUUGCCCCGAUUCUGGCCUCUGUUCCGCCCUGGGCUACGGGAUCAACCUUGGUUUUGGUCGGUUGCCUAAUGAUCCGCCAAGUCAUCAAUAUCAACUGGCAGUACAUUGGUGACGCUGUCCCGUCUUUUGUCACCCUGGCCUUCAUGCCCUUCAGCUACAGCGUCGCCUAUGGUCUAAUUGCGGGUAUGCUUGUCUACGUCGUCCUGAACAGCAUGAUCUUCUUUAUCGUAUGGGUCACUAAAGGCAGAGUCAUCCCGUCAAACUGGCACGAGAAGGAGGUGUAUGACUGGGGACUAGGAGCUAGAGACAUCCCUAACUGGAUGAAGCGCGUUGCCGGAAAAGUCAUGCCGGGCCGCUUCCAAUUUGAGACUAACAGUCAGAAAGGUGCCGUGGAACUGGUGGACAACGACAGCAUUAUGAAUGCCGCUACCGAGACCAGCUCGCGAGGCCAUUCGGAUGAAGAAAAUAAGGAUGUGCACACCACGCAGAGCGAACCUCAGCCUCGUAUUCGCCACCGCGAGCACGACCUUCCCUCGCUCAACUAG